AUGGAUGUAUAAAACCCGCCGUGCUCUUCAGUCUCGUCCUGUUGCCUCACACCUCCAGCUCACUGCACCUUCCACCGUCUGCAAGAACAACAACACACUUCAACCAUGAGCCACUCGUUCAGCACCUCCACCUCCUACCGACGCACCUUUGGAAGCCCACACAAGAUCUCCAUAACCUCUUACUCCCCAGUGUCCUCUCGCAUGCCCCUCUCUGGGGGCCACUAUAUGCGUUCGGCAUCACCUGCGGUGGCGGCCCGCUCCACCGCUUACCACCAACAACGUUCCCGCUCCAGCACCCAGCCUCCUCGCCUCACCUACGACAAGGUGGACUUCACCCUGGCUGAAGCCAUCAACCAGGAGUUCCUGACCACUCGCAGUAAUGAGAAGGCUGAGCUGCAGGAGCUCAAUGACCGCUUUGCCAACUUCAUUGAGAAGGUGCGCUACCUGGAGCAGCAAAACGGCGCCUUGCAGCAAGAGCUCAACCAGUUCAAAGGCCAACAGCAGCAUGGUCAACCUAACCGCGCCUCAGAGCUCUUCCAGGAGGAGCUGAGGGAGAUGAGGCACCAGCUGGAAGCCAUUGGCAAGGAGAGGGACCAGUACCAAAUGGAGAGGGACAACCUGGCAGAGGACCUGGCCCUGCUCAAACAGAGGUUGGAUGAAGAAGCCCAGAAACGGGCCGAUGCUGAGAGUAACUUGGUUGCUUUCCGUAAGGAUGUGGAUGAUGCCACAUUGUCCCGCCUGGAGCUGGAAAGGAAGAUUGAGUCUCUGAUGGAUGAAAUUGAAUUCCUGAAGAAGCUCCAUGAUGAGGAAAUCCAGGAUGUGCAAGUGAGUGUCCAGACUCAACAGCUGAAGAUGGAAGUGGACAGCACCUCAAGACCAGACCUGACUGCUGCUCUGAAAGACAUCAGAGCCCAGUAUGAGACCAUUGCUUUGAAGAACAUGCAGGAUUCUGAGGAAUGGUACAAGUCCAAGUUUACUGAUUUGACUGAGUCUGCAAAGCGCAACACAGAUUCUCUGAGGCAGGCCAAGCAGGAGGCCAACGAGUCCAGGAGGCAGAUUCAGGCUCUUAACUGUGAGAUUGAUGCCCUGAAGAACACGAAUGAAGCUCUGCUGAGGCAGAUGCGUGACAUGGAGGAUCAGUUUGGUGUUGAGAUUGGAAACUACCAGGACAACGUAGCCAGGCUGGAAGAUGAGAUCCGCCACCUGAAGGAAGAAAUGGCUCGCCACCUUCGGGAGUAUCAGGACCUCCUGAAUGUUAAAAUGGCUCUAGACAUUGAGAUUGCCACCUACCGUAAGCUUCUAGAGGGGGAGGAGAGCAGGAUUACUGUUCCCAUGUUUAAUAUUGGAAUGAGCAAUCAUAUUGGUGAAAGAGACUACGAUCAUGUUCCAGACAACCUGAGCAAGAGGACUGUGGUGAUAAAGACAGUUGAGACCAGAGAUGGAGAGGUGGUGAAAGAAUCCAGGAGGGAGAAGGAGAGAGACUCAGGCCGGACUGAUGGAAAGGAGAAGGAUGACAAGGAAGAGUAGUUCAAGUUGAUAGUAAGAAGGCCAAUGCCAUGAUGGAAGAAAAAAAAAACUAAAUUACAAAAAGAUCAAAUUGAAAAAGGAAAAAAAAAACUUGAUUGAUAUAAUCCUUGUUUCAGUAAUGUGUUUGUUUGUUUGUUUAGUGAAGAGUUGCUCAGUAGAGGUGAAACAUUAACUGAAUCCCUUAAAACAUCGUCACCUGGUGCUACAAAAAACUGUUGUCUGUACCAACUUUAGUUACAAACCAACAGAGGCCUUGGUUUACAGUGCAAUCUUGUGCAGUCUAAAAAAGUAUUAACCUUACAAUACAAAAAUGUAAGCCUUUAGUGAUCUGUCUCAUACAUAAGAAUUGAAGCUUAAGGCACUGCCCUUUGAUCAAUACUUACAAGUUCAUAUUUGCAUUGUUUUAAAAACUUGCUAUGAUUUCACUGUACCAAUCAAUAAAUGGGAAUUAUUCAUUGACACAAUUAUAUCAAUAAAACAAAGCAGUCACCAACUGAAGCAAGACUUUCAUUUAGUGUGCUUUGCAAUUCUGUGUGUAUCUGAAAGGACCGAUGACUGACCGUGUAAGUGCAAAUAAAUUUAACUGAUGCAAACC